CUCCCUCCCCUCCCUAAAGCCAGCCACCGGCUCAAGUAAACAGUCGUCCAAACAUGGCGGCCUCUGGAGUGAAAGUUGUGCCGCCUCCGAAGAUAAAUAACUUCGUGGUGGCAGAAAAACUUGGCCAGGGAUCGUAUGCUACUGUCUAUAAAGCCUUUAAAAAGGGAGACAAUAGAGAUGUAGUUGCUAUCAAAUGCAUAAAAAAGAAAACAUUGUCCAAGGCAGCGACAGAAAAUCUUCUGACAGAAAUAGAGUUGUUGAGGAACCUGGAGCAUGAGCACAUUGUGCAGCUCAAAGAUUUCCAGUGGGAUGAGAACCACAUCUUCUUGAUCAUGGAGUACUGUGGUGGUGGGGAUUUAUCCAGGUUUAUUCACAGUAAAAGAGCUUUACCAGAACGAAUGGCCAGAAAAUUCCUGAGACAGCUAGCUUGUGCCCUUCAAUACAUGCGCAGCUAUGAUGUGGCCCACAUGGAUCUGAAGCCACAGAACCUCCUCCUGUCUUCUCGCCACAACCCUGUGCUCAAAAUAGCUGAUUUUGGUUUUGCUCAAAAGUUGCAUCCCAAUUCUGAGGCUAGCAAUAUCCGUGGAUCACCUCUUUAUAUGGCACCAGAGAUGAUAUGCUGUCAAUCAUAUGACGCCUCUGUUGAUCUUUGGUCUGUUGGUGUCAUUCUCUAUGAAACUUUAUUUGGUGAGCCUCCAUUCAAGUCAAAGACUUUUGUAGAGCUGGAAGCCAAAUUACGCUCAUCAGAACCCAUCAAGCUCCCCCCAGGUCCAAGAGUGUCUGCGGACUGCCGAGAUCUCCUUAUCGCUUUACUCCAAAGGGACCCCAAGCAGAGAAUAUCCUUUGAAGCUUUCUUUAUACACCCGUUUAUCGACAUGGAACACAUGCCGUCCUCAACAAGUCUACAAAAAGCUGUUGGAAUCGUAAGUGAGGCGGUCUCGCUAGACAAAGAUGGCUCUCAUAAGGAAGCUGCUCAGCUUUAUUGUCAGGCCAUGGAAUACUUUGUGCCUGCAGUCGAAUACGAGACAGAUCCCGUCAAGAAAACUCAUCUAAGGGAAAGGGUUGUUGAAUACAUGAAUCGUGCAGAAGAACUAAAGCAGUACCUGAAGAUGCGGAAGGAAUGUGUACCCGGCAAAGACUUCACAAGCUCACCUGACCAACUUCUUGCUUCGUUUGCAAAAGAAAACCGCAGACUUCAGGAGGCGCUUCGUCUCGCUGAACUUGCAGAAAUUAGGGAUGAACACGAGCACUACGAGGGGGCCCUUCGCCAAUACCAGGUCGCUCUAGAAAAGCUGUUACCACUCCUCAACACGCUUCCAAAGGGGAUAUACCGGGAUGCUUUGCGGUCUGAGAUUGACCGCUAUAUGAAAAGAGCUGAGGAGAUUAAACUGUAUCUGAAGCUUGGAAGAGAAAGAGCAAACGCUAUGCAGGAUGCAGAAGAUGAAUCUUCUAAAAGCUGUGUCAUACAGUAACUAGAUGGAGUCUUGGAAAGAGUACCCCCUAGUCACGUGGCGGCCUUCUGAGGACACGCCCAGUGCGUAGAGCGUGAUGUUCACAUUGACGAGUUGAGCGAUGACGGAGAUGACUGUUGUUGCGAAAAUUCUACGUAGGUCAUCCGAGUUGAAGUUAUAGCUUUGUGCAAUAAUACAGUGGACGUGAUAAUUUUUGAUUGAUGAAAGUAAUGUUUAGAUACAAUGUUGCGUUCCAUUUCGAGAGGCAUAUAUAGAGGCACUUUUUAGUUUAAAGUAGGAAGGGAAAGCGUAUUAUUGAAAGAAUAUAGAAACCACUAAUAGUGUAUUAAAUAUAAUGAAAUUAUACAUAGAAGAAAGGGAAAAACUUGGAAUCUAAAGAUUGUUUUACCCGCUAGUCCUCCUGGGAAGACAUGUUAAAAAAUAUCAAAAGCAAAUUUAUCAAGGAAAGGAAAAUUUAUCAAGGAAAGGAAGGAAAGUGCUCUUUUCUUCAGCCCUUGUGUAUAGUUGUCAGAGUACGGCGUAAGUUAUUGAUAAUAUGAUGCCAAUUGUUAUUAAUUCUUACCAAUUUAUAACAUGAUUAUUAUCAAUUGGUAUAAUCAGUCGAUCAUUUGAUCGUAAACACAUUUGUAUAAUUGAUUACCAAUGGAUAGAACAGUGAAGUGAAUGUUAUCCUCAAUUGAUGACAUACUUAAAUACUCACGCAUAUGAUAGUAAGUUUACCAUUAUUUUCAUGCGAUAUCAAUCAAUGAUUGUAUCCACUAUUUAUCAACUAGUUACUUUAGGUAUGCAGGGCCGAAUGCCUUCUACCUCGUGUACGGUGCAAUGUGUUGAGUACGAAAAUAGAAGACAGGGUGUGUUCUGCUCUUCC